GGCUGCUGAAAACUUUGGAAGUAGAGGCAAUAGGAACCCACUGAACACCAUGCUGUCUCUCAGUGCUUUGAAAGAUGGCACCGUUGUACCCAGUGAGGAAGACCGGAAAAAGAUUCUCACCCAGAUGAAAGUAAAGACAACACUUAGAAGUGACAAAAGCUGGAUCCAGAAGAAAUCAGACUCAGAGGAGGAGAAGAAUCACAGUCCAUUGCAUUCGCCAUUAAGGAGCAGGAAGACCAUCGAGGGAUCGCCUGUCUCACCAAAAGUUUCACCUCUGAAUCACAGGGCAGUCUUUGAGGAACUCUCUUCUCAAGCUGAACAACAGUUCCCCGUGGCAAGCAAGCCUUCCAAAAAGUCCCACAACACGACAGCAUCUUCCGGUUAUCUCAUUAGAGGAGUUUUCACCAAGACUGUUGAUAAGAGCGCUCCUGCAAACACAGUCUCCAAUGGCUCACAGAAAUGUGCCAAGAGUGCCAGCCCUGCUCCUGGGUACAAGAUGUCAACGGAGGAUUAUAAGAGACUAGCUCCCUACAAUGUCAAGCGGGAUGCAGGGCCAGAUUAUGUGGAUCCCCCCGUUUCUCCAGAUGAGCAACAAAAGAGGACUGAAGCUGCCAGCAGCGUGCUCAGGCAAUCAGCCCGCAAGGAACGUUCCUAUGUUUUUUCUGCUGCAAAGAAAAGCAAUGGAAGUGCAGCUGGAGAAGCACCACCUUUCAUGGCCAAAAGGGUUGAGAUUGAAGAUGAUUCCGGUCCCCGCUCCAGGAGUCAGACCAUGCCAGCUUCAUCAAGGAUCAAUGGCCGUGGGAAGAGCACCGUUGGAGAAAGGAGGAGCCUGUGGGGUGAUCAGAGAAUGUCAAAUGUUGCUUCUACCACCAGCACUGAUGCAGGCGGCAGGAACCAAGCUUCCAGACAUUCUUCUGGCUACUCGUCGGCAUUCAGUCACUUCACAUCUUUGGAGAACAGUAACAAGCAAGAUCAAGAGAAGCACAAUCAAACUUCCUGGCAUGGGUCCCCUCCAAAGGGCAUUGUUUCUUCUCCAAAGAGGAGUGAGAAGAACGAAGGAAAAUUCCAGCCCACAUCAGGCUCUGAAAAGCGAGAUGCCAUUUUUUCGGAGGACAGCUGGGAAGGAAGAAAGGCCCAAAGUGCAAAAAUGAACCAGAACUCUCAAGUUUUUCACAGCUCCCCUGACUCAAGCCCCAAGAGAUAUACUGCAGAUCAAGAAGAGGAAACCUUCUCCAAAGAAAUCAAACCUGGGAGCCUGAGCUCAAGAAUCACAGAGGACCAGCCGGCUGCAGCACAGUCUCACUCAUUGGCUACAGACAGUACAGAUCCUCUCCUUGGGGAGAGAUACAGUGCGCUGCCCACCACCAUCAGCAAUGACCAGAACAUUGACUCAGAAAGGUCUGUCUCUAGCUUGGAGGAACAAACUGCACAAGAAGAAAAACACAAGAGCCCAAGUGAGACAGAAUAUGAAAAAGUGGAAACUCACCUGGCAAAAUCAGGCUCGUGCUCUAGUGAAGGCAAUCUUAGCACCGCUGGUACCCAAACUGAGCAGCCGGAAGCUAUCAAAAGUGAGGAGUCAGGGAUGAAGACAGCCAGAUCCAACUCCCUCUCUGUAGAGAGCAGUGUUACCACUCCAGGAGAGCAAAAGUCUGAUGCAGACACUGGCAGCCUUUCCAGAAGGGCUAUUUUUGGCUCGUCGGGGAACAUUUAUAGGAUGUCAUCCAAUCUGGACAACCUAGUUGGCAAUCGCAGUGUCUGGGAGAGUGGGCAUAGGACACCACCAUAUCUGAACCGCCAAACCAGCUACACCGGCAGGACAAGUUGCGGGAUGCCAUCAUGUCUGAACUGCCAGCCGUACAACACUAACAUGUCGGAGAUGAGUCAUAAGAUGACACCAUACCUGAACAACCCUGCUUUCAGUAGCGGAAGAGCCUACUCUGCUUCUAGAGACAGCCUGGUGUCCAACUCACUGAGAAGUCACAGAAUGCCAUUCUACAAGGACAUCUGUGAUACAGAGAACAGGAGAUAUCUGCCACGGACAGAGGACAGACCUGCGUUCGCCUCCAGCUUCCCCACCGCUUCCUCUCAGUUUGGGAGUCCCUCGGCUUCUGGCUACGACUCGGAUCCCACCACAGGGAGCAAAAGCUUCCUCUUUGUGAAAGAGUCCAUCAACAGCACAGAGCUGUCCUCCUCGCCACGCCACAACAGCCGCAGCCUGGUUGACUUGUCUACACUGGAGAGACAAAACUAUAGCAGUGGUAACUACCUACAAAACAGUGCACCCAGAAGGCCCUCUGAAGACAUCUGCACUUAUUGCGGCCGUGAGAUCCGUAAUUGUCCUAAGAUAAAAAUCGAGAAACUGAAUAUCUGCUGCCAUGAAUUCUGCUUCCGGUGUGGGAUUUGCCACAAACCAAUGGGAGACCUGCUAGACAAAAUCUACAUUCACCGUGACAUUAUCCACUGUGACAAGUGCUAUGAGAAGCUCUUCUAAGAUUUCCUGGUCAGAAGAGGCAGCCAGAGAGAAGCCUGCCCCGCAGCCCCACCACAAGCCAGGAUAUUUCCAGGGCCAUACCAGCAUUUGUUCUCUUCUCAAGAUUCAUCUUUUUGCCACCUUUUCCCCAGGGAAACGGAUCCAUGCCCACUAGUUUACGGAAUAGGAGCCAAUCUUAGCACAAACAAACAGAACGGGAACACUUACCAAAGAAAUUGCUGAAAUCCUAAGAUGCUGAGCCAAUCAUUUGCCUUCGGGGAGAUCUGUGGGUGCCCAGCAAUUCUGAGAAACCGGGCGCAGGGAGAAACCCUUG